AUGACAUACAUCAUGGCGGACACAAGUUUCGGUUUCUUUUCUACAUCGCUGAUUUUAUUAUUUUGCUGUAUAAAUGCUGUCACUUCGAUUACAUGGCCAAUUCCAUACAGGAGGCAUGAUCACCGCCCUAAAGCUAACCCUUAUUGUAAAGCUGGUGUGAUUCCAUUCUGCCCUGCUGGAGAGGUAGAGAAUUCUAUGCCAUUGUUCAAUCCAACAGACCCAGUGGAAAUAUAUGCUCUAAAGAAACCUGUGUGGCAGUUCAAGUUUGGAGAUUUACUGGGGAGAUUUCACAUCAUUCAUGAUGCUCUUGGUAUCAAGAAUCUAAAGACUGGACAGAAUUACACCAUGGAAUGGUAUGAACUAUUCCAGCUGUUUAACUGUACAUUCCCUCACCUUCUACAAAACAACACUCUCUAUUGGUGUAACCAGGGGGCAACCUGUAUCUACAACGGUAUAGAAGAUAAAUUAUGGAGACAGAACGGUACUCUGAAGAAGGUUGCCACGAUGACAGGGGCCCAGUUCAAUACAUUCUCUGAUUGGGUGUUAAAGGAUAACCAGACUGGGAUCUUCUAUGAAACUUGGACUGUAGAAAAUGAACCUGGAGGCAAGAUGUGGUUUGAUGCAUUUGACUGUGCAAGUUGGGUCCUAAGAGCUUUUCAGCAGCUCAGUGUAGUAGGAGCAAAGUUUGAUCAAAGUGUUAAACUUAACUACACGCGGAUACAUCUGUAUGCCGAACAACCAAUAUACCUCGGCAACGAAACGGAAAUUUUUGGAAAGAAAGGCAAUGUGUCACUGGCGAAAGACAUGCUGAAUUUUUACAAGGAUUUCCAGAAAAAUGUCUCUGAUGCUAGAAUGGUGUUAAAUUUGCUAGAUGCCCUGUUGUAUAUUUUUGAUAAAGACAAAUUCUACCUUUACUACAAUAGUGCCUACUGGCUGUUACACAUGAAGAAGCCAUUUGUGGGACUCACUUACAACCAGGUUCCACUUCCUGGUGGUGGGUACUACCAGAAACCACAUAGCAUUUGGCAACAGGACGAGGCAUACUGGAGAACAAAAUUUGGAAAUCUGUGAGUUUAUAAAUUUUCUGUUCAUCCAGACCAGGUUCUUAGGUUCUGUAUGUUGUCGUAUCAUUUCAUUCCUGUGGUAUCAGCAGAGAAAGUCAGGUACCAUGCAAAUGUCCUUGAAUUUCAGAACACUAUUAAUGGCCUGAGUAUUAAAUGACCUGGUUAUACUAAUUUGCUCAUGGAGGGGAAAUGGACGACGUGCUGAACAGUUUAAAUUUGUGUUGUUGCUUUUCAACCGAUAUUGAACAAUACAUUGCUUGGCUAUAUCUGCCUAUAUCUGACAAGGCCUUCCCCUCCUGUGUUGCAUUGAUGGGGUCACAAAUAAACCAAAGCCUAUUUCAG